AUGGACUACACGCUGCCUAAGCGUCGCACCGAAGUAAAGGGGACAAUCUUGAAUUAUGUGGUCAAGGACGGAGUUCCACAAUGCGGCGAUGGCGACCACCCAAACAAAGGCCAAGUCCAGGCCUUCAAUAUCAUCGUAGAUGAGUUUAAUGCUUCGAGGCGAAGACAAGUAUGUUUUCUCCACCGAUCUGCUACCCUGUUCAAAGUUCUGAUAGUUGACAACUUCACAGAACGCUUCUCCAUUGGUCUCGCUGGAUCAGCUCAGGGCAUCGGCCCCAAUGCUGGUCCCUGCGCCAUUUUCACACCUGAGCCCAACGCGGGUUAUCAGAUCCAGCCGUCAUCCAAGUUCUACAUCGCUUUUGGUGACUUCCGGGAGGGCGAGAUUAUCGAUUGUGUGAAGAAGUCAAAGAAUGCUUGCAUGGUGGACUUUACCAAACUUGACCAUGCAGGUACAACCGAAGUUAUGAUCAACCACGACACUGACAACAUCUUGACUAUCCAAGCUGAUCCCUGA